UUUUUCUAGAUUGUUUUCGUCACGAGUUUCUAGUGAGGUAAAAAGGCAAACGUGAGGGAUAUCGUGCUGAGCUCAUCUUACUAUUUAUGAUUCAUCUGUUCUUGCUUUGAUGGCAGAACUACGUGCGAAGUAACCGAGUAGUUAAUGUGAUGUUUUCUGAGGGAUGUAACGAGAAUGCCAAUACAGGCACCUCAGUGGACUGAAUUUCUUUCUUGUCCAGUUUGCUGUCAUGAUUUUGAUGUGGCCAUAAGGGGCCCGAUAUCCUUAGGAUGUGGUCAUACCAUAUGUCGAACGUGCCUUGCAAAUUUACAUCGUAAACAAUGUCCUUUCGAUCAGAGCGUUAUUAAUACAGAAAUAGAAAGAUUACCUGUAAAUGAAGCUUUACUACAAUUAGUGGGAAAUUCUGUUCCCACAAAUGUUGCGACAGCUUAUCAGAAAUUAUUACCACCCGAAGAUCAUGCUAAUUAUUUGGUUGCUAAACGUUGCAUUGAAGAGCUUGCUUUAUAUCUCAAACCAUGUCAAACAAAUCCUAUUUUAGCUACAGGGGCUGGUCUAGUUUCACGACCGAUGCAAAGAAAAUUAGUGACUUUGGUAGGUUGUCAGUUGGUUGAACCAGAAGGAAGAGCCCGUGCAGUUAGGGCAGCUAGAAGUUUAGGCGAACGGUCGGUUACUGAAUUAAUACUUCAACAUCAAAAUCCGCAACAACUUAACGCUAAUUUAUGGGCCGCUGUACGUGCUCGUGGAUGUCAGUUUCUCGGACCAGCGAUGCAAGAAGAAGUCCUCAAACUAGUUCUUUUGGCUUUAGAAGAUGGAUCAGCUCUUUCUAGAAAAGUUUUAGUUAUGUUUGUAGUUCAACGUUUAGAAUCACACUUUCCUCAAGCUUCCAAAACAAGCAUAGGACAUGUUGUACAGCUGUUAUACAGAGCAAGUUGUUUCAAGGUAUCUAAGCGAGAAGGAGAUUCGUCGUUGAUGCAAUUGAAGGAAGAAUUCAGAACAUACGAGGCUUUAAGAAGGGAGCACGACGCUCAGAUAGUGCAAAUUGCAACGGAAGCUGGUUUAAGAAUAGCACCCGAUCAAUGGUCUGCAUUACUGUAUGGAGAUACCAGCCAUAAAUCUCAUAUGCAAAGUAUUAUAGACAAACUUCAGACUCCACAAUCUUUUGCUCAAAGUGUACAAGAAUUGGUUAUCGCUCUUCAACGUACUCCUGAUCCGGGACAAUUAAGUAGUCUAAGACCCCAAUUAGAGCUAUUAGCUUCGAUAGAUCCUAGCCCAGAAACUGAACCUCCUACGUUAGCGGAAUGUCGCGCGGCAUUAGAAGCCGUUAGAACUGUAGUUGCGGCAUUGGUAGAAUUCAUUCAACAACACGGUAAUCGAAAAACACAGGACGGCACCCACAAUGUGGGCCCAGGUCAACCGAAAUACAAAGUGAGCAUGUGCCGAGAUCUUGCGCUCAGAGGAUCAUGUCCUAGAUCUACAAAUUGUACAUUUGCUCAUAGUGACAUGGAAUUGGACAAGUACAGAUCAAAAAAUCGAAAGCUAAGUAUCAGAUCAAAUUUACCGGUCACCAAUAAUUCAGAUACGAAGACGGACAAAGUAGUUACUGGAUCAAAUAACAAGUCGUUUAAACAAAAUGACGAAUUAUCUUAUCAUUCCAUAAAAUCACACGAUAAUACUCAUAGAGACAAUUUCAAUUCUGUAAACAAAGUUAAUCCAAUGCAACAUCAUACUACGACAAAUGAAAAUAAUUUCGUUGGAUCAUUGACUAAUUACAUGUUACCAUCUCCGCAAGGAAUAGUGCCUAUGGUACCGACUAAAAAUAUCGAUAUGCAUUGCUCUCAUUACAUCGUGCCUAAUGCACCUAUCGAAUACACUACACCUAAUCUUGGUAUGUGGGAUUCGUCGCAGAUUUCUUCCAACGUGACAAAUGGAAUUUCUAAUAGUAAGAAGCAGCGGACAGUUGCCAAAACAUUGGCGAUGUUGCUGCAACGUAGGAUGGAAAUCUUAAAUCAACUUGAAACAAUUGUCAACAAACAAGUGCCGCAGAUGAAAUCGAAUUACGAUGUGCAAGGUGAUGCGUUGUCUUCAAAUUUCUCUAUAUGGGCAAAUACACAGAGUAAUCCUAUAAUUCCUCCGUCGAAUAUGAAUUGUAACAACAAUUUCCCGUGUACGGAUUCUAUUUUAUUUGACGAUGAAUUUGUGCCAUUUGAUGCGUCCUCUAGUAAUAAAUAUGGACCAAUUUCUAAACUACCCAAAAAUUUAAUCAGAUCUAGCAAUGGUGUACAACCUACCAAUUUUUAUGGCGAAGGAGGUACGCCUCCUGCAAUGUCUGCUUACAGACCUAUGCCAAAUACAAAUUCAGUUACAUCUUGGUACUAUGGCAAUCAUCAACCGUACGCUACCAUUGGCGCAAAUGGGGGAAUACAGUCUAUUAAUAACACUGGCUUUGAGGAUAAUUACAUUACUUUUGGUCGCAAUAUAUCUGAAUCAACAACGCACACGCAGUUCGCGCGAUCAGAGUGCAUGUCUAAAGACUUAAUUCUGGAAUCACAAAAAGUGAAACAGCAAUUAAAGCACCUUGAAAAGAAGAUUAAUGACUUGAAGCUUGCUACUCAAGGAGCCACCUUCACCGCCGGAGAAAGGUUAGCGCAAGAGUUACAGAUGAUCGAGGCCGGUAUCAGGGAAAAGGAAAAGGACGUACGAAAUUGGAGCCCGUAUGGCACUAUACCUUGGAUUCAGUCAUCGAACAACGUGCUUGGUAGCCAAAAUUUUAAUCAAGAUUAUAAACCCGAAGAGGAAGAUACAUAUGAGGCUGGUAUUGCAAAUGAUAUGAGAGAGUUAGAAUUACGAUGGGAAUUUGAACUCCAAGAACAAGAGUUACAAGAACUACAACAUUGGUCGAGCGAAGAGGACAAUUCUAAAAAAUAAUAGUAAGACAUUGAAUCUUACUAAGUUCUUUACUUUUUUUUUUUUUAGAUCUGACCAUUAUUUGUUUUACGAAACAAACAUGUUUUUUUGACAUGUGCAAGUAAUCAUUCGUGCGAACUUCCAUGCAUCAUCGUGUUUUCAAUUUUUCUAACGAAAAUAACUGAAAGUAAAGUGGAAUUUGUACUAUUUGCAUAACGAAGAAUUGAAAUUUCCAAACUGGACGAUGACACUUGAGGAAAUCUCGGUAAAUAGAAGAAUUUAUCAUCCUAAACAUCUCUUCAACGAGCAUAAAAAAUUUUCGUAUUGGUAUAGCAUGAUAUAAAGUGAACUGAGUACUUUCCCAUGUACUAUGCCUUUACAAAUUAUCUGGUAUAUAAUCUUUCUUCUUCAAGUGUGAAAAUGUAUUUUUUCCUGGAGUUUAUUAUCAGUAUAUAGAAGAUUAGGUGUAAGUACGUGAUAUUUCGACACAAAUUUGUUAAAACGCAUCAAAUUCUUCAUGAUGAUGAUAUAUAGUAACUUAUAUUUAGUUAUGCAGGAAGUCGCGUCGUUUUAAUUUUUACUAACUGCAGUAGAAAUUUAUUAUUAUAGAGAAAUCAAUGUAAAGAAGUGAGAGUUAGCUGCCGCAUUAAAAAAAAAUUUACAUUUAUAAAACCGGUGAAGGGUUGAUCGGUGUUCCGUUAUGAAUACCAUAAUAGGGACAUUCUCUUUAACAAACAGAUUAAACAGAUAAGAGCAGAUUUGUUAAAAUUUAACAGAAAUUAAUAUGUCAGUGUUUUAUAAACAUGACAGGAUGUAGUAUAUUUUGUUUAUAUGUUUGCACAAUGAAGCAAAGAAUAUUAUAUUACUGAUACAUUCGGAAAGAAUGCUAUUUAACCUGCAACAAGGUUACAUGAUAAAAAAAAAA